CAAAAAAUUGUAACUUUGUUUAUCAGAUAAGCAUAUUCCCGUUUUCGCGUGUGCCAAACUCCUAUAGCACACAGUGGAAGUGCGGAACCAAAGCCAUGGCUGGGAUCGCCACCAGCUUCCCUUUCAAGCCCCUCCCAACUAGAACCACUAAGCUGGUACCUUUACUUCUCUCUUCCCUCGAAUCUAAGCUCUUUGAGCUCCAUUUCCGCUACCCAAAUAGUUUUUCCUCUUCUUCUCUUCACUGCUCUGCUUCUAUAACUACCCGUUUCGCUGGUGAUUCCCGGUUUUCGGGUCCCGUUCGGUCCAAGCAGAAAGAUGAAGACCAGGACCUUGAUUUAUCUGGCAUCGGGUCAGAUUCUGUCAGGCUUAUUGAUGAGCAGCAGAAUAUGGUUGGGAUAGUGUCUAAAAGCCAGGCCAUUCAAAUGGCUGAAGACGCGGAGCUUGAUUUGGUGAUAUUAUCCCCUGAUGCAGAUCCUCCUGUUGUCAGAAUAAUGGAUUAUAACAAGUAUAGAUAUGAACAACAAAAGAAGAAGAAAGUACAGCAGAAAAAAACCGGUCGCAUGGAUUUGAAGGAGCUGAAAAUGGGUUAUAACAUUGACCAACAUGAUUAUUCUGUACGUUUGAAAGCUGCAAGGAAGUUUCUGAAAGAUGGUGACAAGGUGAAGGUCAUAGUGACCUUGAAAGGGCGAGAAAAUGAGUUUAGAAAUAUGGCUAUGGAGCUUAUCAGGCGUUUCCAGAAUGAUGUAGGGGAGCUUGCAACUGAGGAGAGCAAAAACUUCAAGGACAGGAAUAUAUUUAUAGUUUUGGUUCCAAACAAGGUUCUUCUACAAAAAGCUCAAGAUCCAGGAAAGAAAAAAGAUAAGCCAACCAAAGAUGAAGUCUCAGCUGGUGUCUGAGUAUCAAAUCUCUAAGAGAAAGUGUUUUUGGGAGCAUAACAGUCAACAGGUAGAUUUAUAUUCUUCAACUAUGGGGUUGGGCCUUGUCCUUGGAAGUCUUGUAUAGUAUAUGAGUCUGUCACAACUCAAAGCCUGUAUUAAAUAUUUGUUUGAUUUAAUAGCAGAAGCAACCUUUUGGUA